UGGGGGACGAACGCGGAAGCAGCCAACGCCCAGUUGACGCCAUCUUGUCAUUCUUGUUAUCAUCACUGAUAGCGUGAAAUUCGUUCACAACGCAUAUUUUUAUUUUUCAAUUUAAAGCUGUUUUACAGUGUUGUUUUAUAUAAAUAUUUUUAAUUUAACUCACAACCAUGGAGUUAAACAAAUUGAUCGCCGCCCGAGGCGUUGCUAAAGCAACAAUUACGAGGCUUUUUAAUCUCUGCCAAGAUGGGAUGGCUCUGGAAAAAUUGAAACCCAGUGAGUGCGAAGUUAGAAAAAAGAGGCUUAUCCAGGUAUUUCAGGAGUACUGUGACACUAAUCUGAACAUUUCAGUUUUAGACCAGAGUAGCGCAGAGGACAUCGCCAAGUACGAAGAGCUGUACUUGUCAACGCUGGCUAUAUUUGAAGAGGCCUUACUACCUCAGGCUUCAGGUAAAUGCAUGAGCAUGGUCUCCGGCGCUGCAUGCGAGGAUGGAAUUACUGGAAUGCACCGAUUACCACCCAUCAACAUAAAUAAAUUUAGCGGAGAGAACAACGAGCAGCAGCACUUGAGACUGUGGCAAACAGCGGCCAAGGUCAUGGGAGUGGUGCAGUGAACAGCAGCCGCGGAGCGAGCCUGGUAGCCAUCACAAACACACAACGAACACCACCUAGUAACUGCAGGUUCUGUAAUGCAAGGUACCACAAACUACAUAUGUGUGAAAGGUUCAAACUGGCCUCGCUAUCUGACCGUGUACAAUUUGUAACAACGAAUAAGCUGUGUCAACUUUGUUUAAACAAGCAUCCUAACAAGUGCAAAUUCAUUUUUAAAUGCUCAUUUUGUAAGGAAAAACACAACAGUUUACUACAUCAGGAUAA